GAAGAAUAAAUCACAAAUUCAAAACCUAAACCCUUGAUUAUUUGAAAGGCAAUGGCAACAUUAUAAUACGUGUGGAUUGAAAAACUUGUAUCUAUGGACAGAAAGUAAAUUAUUAAAAAAAUUUAAGAUACGAGUCGAGUUGACAAUUUUGACAGUUGAGUAAUAAUUGUCAGUAUUGUCAGUCUCCUAGCGGACACUCGUUUUUUUCGUUUUGCUCAACAGUUACUGAUAGUGUAGCGUAAGAUAAAUAGUUGUCUCGUGGUCGGUCAGAUCGCGAGUGUAUCCGUCAGUGUGGUCACGAGUGCAGGGUGCUGGUCGCAAUGUUGGCGCCGGAACUCGCUGGGUGAAAGUGUGUGGUGUUGUGACCGUGAGGCUGCAAGUGAGCGAAGCGCGAUUGCGAGUGGGUGACGAUGGGCGUGGGCCUGCAGCCGCUCGAGUUUACCGAGUGUCUCGCGGAUAGCCCCCAGUUCCGAGAGAACUUGCAGAGGCAUGAGAAGGAGUUGGAGCGCACCAGCCAACAGAUCAAGCGGCUGAUAAAAGAAGUUAAGGAUGUUGUACAAGCCGCCAAGCGUUUGGGAGCGGCGCAGCUGGCGCUGGCCACCAGCAUGGAACAGUUCGAGUUCGCGUGCAUCGGCGCCUCCAUGACGGAGGACGAGCGCGUCAUCAGCCACUCGUUGCACCACUUCGCCACGCUCAUCCGCACCAUCGAGGACGAGCGGGACCGCAUGUUGGGGCGCGCGCACGAGCAGAUCAUCCAGCCGCUCGAGCGCUUCCGCAAGGAGCACAUCGGCGCCGUCAAGGAGGGCAAGAAGAAGUUUGACAAGAAGACUGCCAAGUUCUGUCAGAGCCAGGAGCGGACUCUCUCGCUUUCUACCAAGAAACCGGAGGCCGUGUUCCAGGAGGCGGACGCGGCCAUGGACAUGGCGGAGCGCGACUUCUGCCAGGCGUCCCUGGAGUACGUGUUCCAGCUACAGGCCGUGCAGGAGCGCAAGAAGUUCGAGCUGGUGGAGACACUGCUGGGCUUCGUGUUCGGCUGGUGGACCUUCCAUCACACCGCGCACGACGUGCACGCCGACGCAGAGCCGCGCGUCAAGGACCUGCAGCUGCGCAUUCAGCGGACGCGCGGCAACUUCGAGGAGAUGAGCAAGCAGACAGAGUCGCUGAUGAAGAAAAUGAUGGAGCUGCGGCAGAUGGUGAGUGCUGCUGUACAUAUAGUCCCACUUUUGAUUCGAUGCAGUAAACUGAUGCGUGGACAUACAGACAGACAGAAGAAUUAUUUUGAUCACAUUUUUGGGUUCGGUAUCUAACUAGUAACACCCCGCCACUGUUUCUUUUUUUAAUCUUACAAUCAGGCGAGAUGGUGGCCAAACGUCGACCCAUUAAGUAUAAAUUUAAAAAAAUAUUAUCAAAUAUUGUCUCUACGGAAUUUAUUUACACUUGUACAGUUGUAAUACACAGGGUGUACUUUUUCGUGGAUAACAGUGAUUGUGUGUUUACUUAUUUAUUGUGUGGCGUGCAUGAGACGUAGUGACUAGUGACGCCUGGGUGCCCCGGUGCCCCGGUAGGUACUACUCGACGGUAAAGUACAUUGCAGUCAACAGUUCACUGCUAAUUAUUAAAACUCGUGAACUGACACUCCAUCUAGACAUUAUAUAAUCAUAUAAUAUUUCCUCCUCUGAAGAAAUCAAUGAUUAGUUAAACUAUUCAUUCAAAUUUGUUCAAUUUAGCCAUGUCACUAUAUAAGGUGUUAAUAGAUUAACUCUAGGAAAUCUAAGGUUUUGUUGUAACAUUUAUUCCAUAAUUAAUCACGAAAAAAUAAUUUAA